CGCUCAAAUAUGACGUAAGGUCAGCUAGCCGCUAAUGCUAACUCUCGCAGUGUGCCGGAGUGAUGGCGGCACUUCUUCAGCAAGCGCUGGAAAGAACCGAGAUAAACAAACUGCCGAAAGCAAUCCAGAACAAGCUCGAGAAAGUUCUGUCAGAGCAGCAGACGGAAAUAGACGCAGUGAAAUCACAACACGAGCGAUAUAAAGCAGACUGCGAGCAACAGUACUUUAAUCUUGAGAAGAAGCUAGCUGAGAGUCAGGAGCAGUUCUUGUCCCAAAGUAAAGAAUAUCACAGUAUUAAGGAAGAGAACGGCCGCCUUGCCGAGGAACUUAAGAAGCUGAAAGAUUUAGAGGAAGAGCAGGGGACAACGCAAGAGAGUAAGCCGCCAAAAGCCAAAUAUGAAAUCGAAGCAGAAAACAGAGAGCUCUCGCGGUUGCUUGAGAAGAAAUCUCAAGAAGUGGAAAACCUCAGCGAGGAUCUUAAACGUCUCAAUGACAAACUCGUGGAGACCAACACAAUCAAGAUGGAGCUCCAGCUUAAAUUAGAUGAACUUCAGUCAUCUGAGGUUUCCAUUCAGUAUCGAGAGAAGCGCAUGGAACAAGAAAAGGAGCUUCUUCAGAACCAGAACACAUGGUUGAAUGCAGAGCUGAAGAGUAAGACGGAUGAGCUGUACACAGUAUCCAGAGACAAAGGCAAAGAGAUCCUGGAGCUCAAGUGCUCUUUAGAGAGCAAGAAGGAAGAGGUGACCAGACUUCAGGACCAAGUGAACACGCUCAAGAAAAACAAUGACAACAUGCAGAAGAGUACUGAGGAUCUGAUGAACAAGCUCAAAGAGGCUAAAGAACAACGGGCCUCCAUGGAGGAAAAGUAUCGCAAUGAGCUGAAUGCUAACCUCAAACUCUGUAAUUUGUACAAGGAUGCAGCAGCAGACUCUGAAGCCAAGAACACUGAACUGAACAGAGCUGUAGAAGAACUCAACAAACUGUUGAAGGAGGCUAUGGAAGCCAAUAAAGGCACAGAGAAGAAGCUGUCAGAGCUGCAGAGUGUGAGGGAGAAAGCAGAGUCUGAUCUACACGAGAAGGUCAGGCAUCUGGAGAAAGAGCUGGAGAACUCCAACACACGGCUUGCAGACUUUAAGAGGAGAGGCGUUCCAGCUCUCACAGAAGAGGAGCUGACAAACCUCUCCCCAACUGCGGCUGCAGUGGCCAAGAUUGUUAAACCGGGCAUGAAGCUAAUGGAGCUGUAUAAUGCCUUUGUGGAGGCACAAGACCAGCUGCACCUUGAGAAACUGGAGAACAAGCGUGUGCACAAGGUUCUGGAUGAGAUCGUUCUGGAGGUGGAGACCAAAGCUCCCAUUCUGAAACGCCAAAGGGAAGAAUAUGAAAACAUGCAAAAGUCCAUGACCAGCCUCUGUGCCAAGCUGGAGCAAGCUAUGAAGGAAGUCCAUCGGUUGCAGAAGGAGACAGAUGAAGCCAAUAAGAGAGCUUUAGGCCUAGAGAGAGAUAAGCAGAGAUCAGAGCGACAGCUAUCAGACAUGUCUGAGCAGGUACGUGUGCUGCUGGUGGAGGUGGAGGAGGCACGUGGUAAUCAGGUGGUGCGUGAGGACGUGAGCUCAGCUGUGAGCAGCAGCUCUGAGGUCCAAGGCUCACGGCAAGUGGCUUUCCGCAGCGUCAAAGAGCUUCAGCAGCAGAACCAGAACCUGCUGGCCCAGAUCAGAGACUUGGAGGAGCAGAGAGAGAGGGACCAGAACCAGGCUAAAACUGCUAGGCAAAUAGAGUUGGAACAGAGUCUAGAGAAGGUUCAGAAGGAGCUGGAGCAGAUCAAGGAACAGCUAAACCACCAUAAACAGCUGGCUGACUCUGCCAGCCGGCAACGAGACAUGUACCGUAUCCUGUUGCAGACGGCCGGAGUCGAGCUUCCACCACAGAGUUCAGAGACUGUGUCUCAAUCCACCACUCCCAGCAGGCCAGGACCUAUGGCCACCAGAUCUACACCUCUGAGGGCUGGAGCUGCAGAAUCUCUCCAGGCGACUCAGGCUAAAGCAGCACUUAAACAGCUUAAUGAUGCCUUUACAACUUAUAAAAAGGAGAAGGCAGAAAACGACAAGCUUUUGAAUGAACAGAUUGAGAGACUUCGUGGUCAAGUGUCUGAUCUGCACUCGCAAAAAGCAAAACUUUCCACUCAGCUGGAGUUCGCCUUCAAACGUUAUGAGAUGCUUCAGGAAAAUGUGAAUGGCUUUCGACGAGAGAUUGAAACCCUCCGUGACAAGAAUCAAAAGAUGACUGCCACUCAUCAGAGACAUGAGCAAAUCAUUCACACAAUGACUCAAGAUCUAAGAGAGGCCAAUGAGAAACUAGCCAUGGCUGAGGUGCGCCUUGAGAACAUCCGUAAGGAACGAGACAUUCUAAAACAGGUGGAGAACAGACUGGCUCAGGAGAAAGAGUCUGUCUUGACUGAGCAGCGAGGCCAGAAUCUCUUGCUUACCAACCUCAAAUCCAUUCAGCUUACCAUGGAGCGCUCUGAGACAGAGACCAAGCAGCGCUACAAUAACCAGAUUCAACGUCUGGAGAAAGAGAUUGUGCAGCUUAAGAAGAAGCUGGAACAGGAAGUGGAACAGAGACAUGCAUUGGAACGCAACCAAGAUACUCAGCUGCUGGAAGCUAAGAAGCAGUUGGAGACACAGACAGCACUACAUCAGAAGACUAAAGAGCUGCUAAGAACUGCUGAACAGCAGGUCACCUCCAUGAGACAGCAACUGAACAACAACGAGAACCAGAGCACAGUGCCUAAGCAGCCUGUCAGGACAUUACCCAGAGCUCCUGGUGUUUCUCAACAAGAAGUGGAUGAGCUCCGUGCACGUCUACAGCAGGCUGAGGAACAGAACUCAGAUCUAAAGGAGCGUUUGAAGAACACCACCACCAAUGUAGAGCAGUACAGGUCCAUGGUACUCAGCUUGGAGGAGUCUGUAAACAAAGAGAAGCAGUUGGCUGAGCAGGCACGGACCUCCACUGAGAGCCAACUGAAGACAGCACGGGAGUUGAACCAGCAGCUGGAAGCCCGGCUGGUGGAAGCAGAAAAGGAAAAGCUGGAGCUCCAGGAGGAGAAGAUGAAAGCUGUGGAGAGCAUUGAAGAACGGGUGAAGGAGCUGAAAAGGAGCAUGACAGACAUGCAGACAGAGCUGCAGGAUGCCCUCCAGAGAGCUGUGGAAGCGGUGGCCCAGGAGCAGAGAGCUACACAAGACAGCAAACUACAGGGUAAGCUGGCUGCAGAGGCUCAGAACAAAUACGAGCGAGAGCUCAUGCUGCAUGCUGCAGAUGUGGAAGCCCUUCAGGCCGCCAAGAAACAGGGACAGCAGUCAGCACAGACCAUGAAGCAGCUUGAGGAGAAGGCUCAGAAAGCAGCAUCUGAGCUGCGUCAGGGCCGCAUGGACUGGGAACAGCAAGAAAAGAGACUGAAGGAAGAUCUUUCUAAAGAGCAGAAGAGAACUGAGGAGCUGCAGAAGCAGAACACCAUGCUCCAUGAGCAGAUGGAGAACCUGAGCAGCAAGAUAACCACCUCCACCCAGCAGCAGACUGCUGGAGAGAGCAGUCUGAACAUCUCUCUGAACGAGGAGGGCAAAUCUCAUGAGCAGAUUCUGGACAUUCUUAGGUUUGUACGGCGAGAGAAGGAGAUAGCUGAGACUCGCCUAGAAGUGGCGGAGGUUGAGACUCUGCGCUAUAAGCAGCGCAUGGAGUACCUGGAGGGAGAGCUAAAGGAACUACAGGACAGCCUGAAUGCAGAAAGAGAAAAGCUACAGGUUACAACGAAGACCUUGGCACAGCAGGAAGACAUGAUGAAGCGAAUGGAGAGCAUGAGUGCUCUGACUGAGACCAACAAGAUGCUAAAGAAUGAGAAGAACAGACUGGAGCAUGAACUACAACAGACUCAAGCAAAGAUGCGUAAGCUGGAAGCAGACAUCAAGCCCCUGCAGGACGCCAAUGGUGAGCUUAGUGAGAAGAGUGGCAUGUUACAGGCUGAGAAAAGGCUCCUGGAGGAGGACGUCAAGCGCUUGAAAACUCGCAUACAGCAACUUCUUAGUCAGCAGAAGGACAGCGAUCAGGAGGAAAGUAAGAAGCUUCAUUCUGAGAGGGAAGCCCAUAUCAAACGCAUCCAGCAGCUCAUAGAGGAGACGGGGAAACUCAAGAAUGAGGUGGCCAGGAGCCAAGCUUCAAUCACCACAGCUCAAAGCCAGGUGCAGAACCUGCAGGAUAGCCUAGGGAAGGUCACCACUGAAAGAGACAAUCUGAAGAAGGAGCUGGAGGCAAAGACCAUGGACAUCCAGGAGAAACUCAAAACCAUCACACAGGUCAAGAAGAUCGGCCGUCGCUACAAAACCCAGUAUGAAGAGCUCAAAGAACAGCAUGAUAAGAUGGUGGCAGAGGCGGCUUCUAAGCCAGCACAGGAGCAGGAAGACCGUCAGGCUUCAGUGCAGGAGAUUCAAAACCUGAAGAGCUCACUGAGUCAGACACAGAACAGAACCUCAGAACUGGAAACUCAGCUGGACAGCAUACAGAAGACGGUGCAGGAGCGUGAAGCCGAGGUGAAGAACCUGCAGGAGCAGCUGGCACAGUUGCAGCCAGAGCUCAGCCGACUGAGAGCAGAGCUACAGGAGAAGAGUAACCUGGAGGAGCAGCUCCGACAGCAGAUCGCUGAUAAAGAGGAGAAGACCAAGAAAGCCUUCAUGGGUGCCAAGCAGAAGAUCAACCAGCUCAAUAGUGCAAAGGAGCAGCUGGCGAAAGAAAAUGAGGAGCUGAAGCAGCAGAGAGAGGAGCUGGAGGUGAGGAUGAGUGCGCUCAAGUCCCAGUAUGAAGGUCGUUUGAGCCGACAGGAGAGAGAGCUGAGGGAACUCCGUGAGCAACAGGAGAGACACGGAGAUCAGAAAGAUGAAGCUCAGGAGCCUGGCCAGAGCAAGGUUCAGGAGGCACAGAGGUCAUCAGAUGCUCGCCAGAUCACUCUCAAACCCACACCUGCUACUGACAGAGGAAGUGCCAGUACAUCUGAGCCGCCCACUGCUAACAUCAAGCCCACACCAGUAGCUGCCGCUCCCAGCAAGCCAUCACCAAUCGCAGGGAGCAAGUCCACCCCUAGGGCAAGCAUCCGUCCAAUGAUAACACCCGCUCCUGUGACCACACCUACUCCCACAGCCACAGUCAUGCCCACCACACAGGUGGAAACGCAGGAAGCUCUCCAGUCCACAGAGGGUCCAAUGGAGCACGUGACUGUCUUCGGCAGCACCAGCGGCUCAGUGCGCUCCACCAGCCCUAACAUACAGACCACACAGCCAAUCCUCAGCCUUCAGCAGAGCCAAGCCACCGCUUUCGUCCAGCCCACUCAGCAGCAGACCACUCAGGAGCCAGCAACAACCAUUAUGGAGGCAGUACAUAGCUCACAGAUGGAGAGGCCGUCCACUUCCACUGCUGUCUUUGGUACAGUGUCGGCAACAGCAGGCUCAUCUGUGCCCAAGCGAGUGCGAGAGGAGGAGCAGGAGAGCUCCACGGAGGUGACCGACACCACACAGGAUGACCCAACACAUCCACCCAUCACUAAGAAGCUCCGCAUCAUAAGAAAAAUGGGCCUGGAGGAUGCUUCCGGCACUGAGGAGAGUAAUGAUGCUAUGGGUGAAGCUCCAGGAGAAGGCCAGCAACCUCCUGAUGCCAGUGAGGAAGCAUAUCCUGUGUUAGGAGAGGGAGAUGAAGAAUCUUUGUCUCAGUCUGUCCCGAUGGAUCAGGUGAGCGAGUCCCAACCCUCCGAGUCUCAAAUCAGCGGACAGGACUCUUCCGAGGAGUAUAAGCAUGACGUCAUCGUCAUAGAGACUGAUAGCGGCACUGAGGAGGAAGAGGAGGAGCAGGAGGAGACCGGACAGUAUGAAGAUGAUGAUGCAGAAGAUGAAGAUGAUGAAGAUGGUGACGGAGGGAUGGCAGAAGCAGCAGAGGAGAGUAAUGAAGGCAGUGGGAGUGCAGAUGCCAAUGAGGCCUGCGAGGGGGAUGAAGCAGAGGGCGAUGGGGCCGCUGAUCCAGGCAUUGACAAUGAAGAGAGUCAAGAAGCAUCUGAUUCAAUCCAGAAGCAAGCAGAUUCUCAGAGCAGUGGUGAAGCUAGUGUCAGCACCCUGGAGGCCUUCCCUGCUGAGCCUGUAAGAGAGCACCAGCCAGUCCCCAGCACCACCACCACUUCCUCUCUGGGUCCACGUCUUCCCCAAUCCCCCCGGAGACCGCAUCACACCCCACCCCCGCGCCUCAACAUCCACCCUGUCCCUGAACUUGGACCCCCCCUCUACUAUUCUGUGCAGAGGCAGUCUGGACAGAGCAGACGGCCCUCGAUGAGUCGUGCACCCCAGCUCACACCUGGAAUUGGAAGCAUGCAACAUUUCUUUGAUGAUGAUGACAGAAUGGUUCCUAGCACUCCCACCCUUGUCGUGCCACACCGCACAGAUGGCUUUGCAGAAGCCAUUCAUUCCCCCCAGGUGGCUGGAGUUCCUCGCUUCCGUUUCGGCCCUCCCGAGGAUAUGAUGCCCCAGGCCAGCUCCUCUCAUUCUGACUUGAGCCAUCUGGCCACACAUGGAGGGUUGGGCAUGUAUGAAAGUCCUCUCUUCCUGCCGGCUCAUGAUGAAGAGUCUGGAGGCAGGAGUGUCCCCACUACCCCUCUACAAGUGGCUGCUCCAGUGACGGUAUUCACAGAGAGCCACCCCUCUGAUGUGUCAGAGACGGCCUCUCAGUCAGUUCCCAUGGUCAGCACGUCCACCGCCAGUUUGAAUGCACCAGGAGAAGCUGUCCCGGGAGACGAUGGAGAUGACGUUUUUGUGGGGGAGGCUGAGAGUGAAGGGACGAGUAGUGAGGCAUGUCUAGAGGGCCAGUCGGAGCUGGAAUCCGCACAGCCGACUGAUGAUGCCAGCCUGCCCUCCACUAGUCAAGAGCCCACGUCCAGCUCUGCAGAUACAAGCACCAGUACUGGUCAGGCCAAGCCUGCAAGCCGUCUCCUUUCUCAACACCAGCUGCCCCGGAGAAACCAGAUCAUCAGGAGAGGUGGUGUUUUGCCUCGUGGAGGUCGGGGUCGAGGACUCAACAGAGGCACUCCCUUCUAAAUCCACCCGCCGUUACAGCGUCUGCCCAGCAGAAACGCUGAUCACAUGCUCGUGAUUGACUCUUCAAAGUACCCAGAAUCAGCC